AAUCACGGCUAUAAUUAUAAACAAUUAGUUAUCAUUAUACAGGGAACGGUAUACUCGGCCAUUGGGCCGGCCCUGGUUGAUUUAAAAUACAUUCUGGACACCACUAUGGACAAAAUAUCGCUCAUAUUCAUAUUUCAAGCUGCAGGUUUAGUUAUGGGCGCUUUGUUUGGUCUAUUAACCAAACACCUGAACCGGCAACUGAUGCUAACAGCCCUGUUGACCAUGAUGUCAGUGGCCAGCCUAUUGAUACCCUGGUCACAGCGUCUAUCACACCUGUACUUAUACAACGGUAUAUUUGGUAUGGGCGCCGGCGCCUGGAUUAACGCCAAAAACGUCUGGACCAUUGAGUUGUGGCAGCACAGGUCGGCACCCGUACUACAACUAUCCGCCCUUAUGUUUGGUGUGGGCAGUAUUCUGGGCCCUCUUAUCGACGACCCGUAUCUGAUUGGUCACAUCAAACAACUGACUGUUAUAGACAAUACACCGAUUGAUGGCCUGACCGGUGCCGUCGGCAAUGAUAGCGCCGGUAGUUUCGAUGUAAACGUUACGGUCAUUGAGGAUCAACGGCUACAUAACGUUAGGUCGCCUUUCGUUAUAUGCGCUAUCAUUCAGAUCAUCGGUCCAAUACUACUGAUAAUCAUGUAUUUCCUGCGAAAGUACGAGAAAGGGGGCGACAAAUACAUGGAGAUCGAGGACAGGGCGGACAUCGAACGGAAGGCCACCAUCGCUCGCAUACCGUACCUUAAAUUCUCAAUCAUAGCCCUCGUCUCUCUAUUCCUGGCGUUUCACAUGUCGUCGGAGCAAAACACGCAACAAUUCUCGGCCACAUUCUUCCAGGACAUACAGAUGAAACUGACGGCCAGUAAGUCGGCCGAAGUGGUAUCGGCUAUGGCUGUGGCCAACACUGUGGGUCUGGCCGUAUCGGUGCUGGUCUCGGCUGUGGGCGUACGGCCCCAGUAUAUGAUAACCUAUCACUUGUUGUUUAUAUUUGCCGGCCUUAACAUACUUUUCCUGGACGAGACGUCCGAGUUGUUGCUAUACGUGGGCAGUCUAUUGCUGUCCUACGGGUUUAGCGCCGUAUACCCGGCUGUUUUCGCACUCGCCUCCCGCUAUAUCGACGUGACCGACACGAUUGGCACAGUGUUUAUGGUCUCGUCGGUGGUGUUGAACCUAUUCCUGCCGUUUGUGAUUGGUUUGUAUAUCGAGGUCUACGUGUAUGUGCUGUUGGUGUCCAUAGCGGCUAAUCUGGCCAUAACUGUCAUUGUGUUUAUAUUUUUACAGCAACUCAUUAAUAAAUAUUGUAAAUAGUUAUUU